UAUUUACGAAACUGAAUGGAAUCUUCUGAAAUGUACUUUAGAGCAUGAGUGUAGUAUUUUCCCCAAUCACACUUACUACCUGCAUAAACCAACGGUAAUCUUGCUUCUUUUUCAUUUAUGAUUCUGUUCUUCAAUUGACAGUAAAGUAUUAAUGAUUGUUGUUAUCUGUUCUCACUUGCAAACCUUAAGAGCUGUAAUUUCAUUUUGAUUCUUCGCAUGAUAUAUGUUACCCAGUGACAUUGUUCUCUAUUAAUAAUAUGUUUUUAGUUUUAUUUCUUAAAGCAAUCAACAGGAUCCAUUUUUAGCCCGGGGAUAGCAGUAGAAGUUAAUCUUGACAAAGUAGAAAACACACGUGAUGUCUGGAUCCCUGCAAUCAUCAUUAAAGAAAACGAGGAUGGCACUUUCUUUGUGAAGUAUGAAAACAAAAUGACUGGUGAUGAUGCUGGAACAGUAAAAGUUAAUCUGGAUUCCAAUCGUAUCCGACCUACCCCUCCUCCCCAUGUGGACAGAAAUUAUAAAUUACUGGAAAAAGUUGAUACAUCCUAUGGUCCUGGUUGGCGGGUUGGAGUAAUUACUAAAGUUCUUGCUGGGGGAAGGUACAAUGUCUUUUUUGAGCAUGCAAAUGAGGAUAAAGAGUUUAGUCUUUCAGAAUUAAGGCCCCAUUUGGAAUGGACUGAUGGCAACUGGAUUAGUAAAUCCAAGGAAAUCUUGAUAGCAACUGGUAAUCAGAACAGGUGGGGCAUGCAGCACUGUUGCCAACAACGCUGGGUAGUUGAAAUUUGA